GGCUGCUGAAGGGGCAGCCGCCGACCGGGAGGCAAAAACUAUUUUUGACGAGCAGCUCCAAGUAAAACAGGACGAGCAUAAACGGUAGGCAAGCCGACAUAACGACAGGGUCAGAGUCCAGUAAACGAGGUUCCCUUGAAAGCAUUUCUGUGAUCUUUAGGACAGAAACUCUCAGAAUUGCUCACUGAACUUCACAAGCCAUGUACCAAGUUGUACCGGGAGGAGCGGGAGGCACUAUUACAGAUGUUCUCCCCCCGCAGAAGCACAGCAAGGACACUCGACCCUUUGUCGGAGCUGGAGUAAUCGGCCUGGUGCUGGUAAUUGCUGCAGUGACUGCUUGGUGUUAUUACAUAGCCUCUCUACGCAAAGCUGAGCUGCUUAAGACUCAGCUCCUGGAUCUGAAUAAAGAUGGCUACAUUAUCAGGAACCAGGGAGGGUCUAUUGUUUUCAGAAUGGAUUUCAGGUCAGGCACGCUCGAUUUGGAUUCAUGCUCCAAAGAAGGGGAGAUGCUGAGCUGCGGACGCACCACUGAUAGAAAUCUGAACUUCUUCAUUGAGACAGUGCGACCCAAAGACACGGUGCAGUGCUACCGUGUGCGUUGGGAGGAACUGGUUCCUGACAUUCCUGUUGAACAUGCUAUGACAUACAAGUUUGCACACUGGUAUGGUGGUGCAGUGUCAGCAAUUCAACACUGGCCUAUUUCUAUUAACGGCCAACAGGCUCCCAAACCCUUUGUCACUAGCGACAUUUACUCAAACCGCAAUGAAUUUGGUGGAAUUUUGGAGAGUUAUUGGCUUUCAUCCAAUGCAACCGCCAUCAAGAUAAAUAAUUCAGUGCCUUUCCACCUGGGCUGGAAUGACACAGAGAAAACCAUGUCCUUCCAGGCACGAUACAAUGACAGUCCUUUCAAGCCAAACCCAGGAGAGGCACCGUGUGCUGAACUGAGCUACAGAGUGUGCGUUGGCUUGGAUGUGACAUCUAUACACAAGUACAUGGUCCGCAGAUACUUCAACAAACCCUACAAAGUGCCUGCCAAAGCUAUGUUUGACCAUCCUAUAUGGUCUACCUGGGCGCUACAUAAGACUGACAUUGACCAAGAGAAAUUCUUGAAGUUUGCCGCCAACAUCCGAAAGUACAACUUUUCCUGUAGCCACCUGGAACUAGACGAUCGCUACACCAGCCGCUACGGAGAAUUUAGCUUUGACACAAAAAAAUUCCCAAAUGCCUCGGACAUGUUCCAAAAGCUAAAAUCAGAUGGAUUUCAGGUGUCGCUCUGGAUACACCCGUUUGUCAACUAUGACUCGAAAAACUUCCAUUAUUGUGUAGAGAAGGGGCUGUUUGUCCGGGAGCCAACAGGUCAGCUGCCGGCAUUGGUGCAAUGGUGGAAUGGCAUUGGUGGUAUUUUGGACUUCACAAAUCCAGAAGCCCGUGAUUGGUUUUCCUCCCAGUUACGCUCACUGCGUUCUGGGUAUGGGGUGUCGUCUUUUAAAUUUGAUGCAGGUGAAACCAACUACUUACCAUGGAAAUUUAGCACCAGGACUCCCAUUCGGGACCCGAGUUUUUUCACAAGGCGUUACACGGAAAUGGCUAUUCCCUACAAUGACAGAGCUGAGCUGCGCAGUGGCUAUCAGUCCCAGAACAUUUCCUGCUUCUUCAGACCCAUUGACAGAGACUCUGUGUGGGGCUAUGAGUUAGGUCUGAAAUCCAUUAUCCCCACAGUUCUCACCAUCAGCAUCCUCGGCUAUCAGUUCAUUUUACCUGACAUGAUCGGAGGGAAUGCCUAUCUGAACCGCACGGAUGGAGAUCGUGUCUUACCCGAUCGAGAACUCUAUAUCCGUUGGCUGGAGCUGUCAGCCUUCAUGCCCUCCAUGCAGUUCUCUAUACCGCCCUGGGAAUACGACAGUGAGGUGGUUGAAAUUGCUCGAAAAUACAUAGCUGUCCAUGAGAGUAUUGUUGCGCCGCGGGUCCUGGAGCUGGCUGGGGAGGUACUGGACACCGGGGACCCAAUCAUACGGCCCCUGUGGUGGAUUGCCACAGGUGAUGAGACAGCCUACAAAAUCGACUCCCAGUUCCUGAUUGGGGAUGACCUUAUGGUAGCCCCAGUUUUGGAGCCUGGAAAGCAAGAGCGUGACAUCUACCUCCCUGCUGGCCAUUGGAAAAGCUAUAAGGGGGAGAGAUUUGAUAUCAAGGAGCCACUGCAUCUCACAGACUACCCUGUAGAUCUGGAUGAAAUUGCCUUCUUUGUUUGGGUGUAGCAGGAAGGGAAUGUAAAGCUGAACAGGCUUAAUUAGCCUGUGCUGCAAUUUGCUUGUAAGACAAGCUUCACAAAUUAAGCUUGUAUUCUUGUAUGAAAUGGUUGUUUGUUAUGGAAAAGCUUCUCUGAACAAUCUGGAGACUUUUAAAGUUGUAACAAUACAUUAUAUCAUCUGUUGAACAGUUUCACUCAAAACUGCUCAAAACCCCAUCUUCAUUUUUUAUUUGAUUUAAACGAAUGAAUGCAUCAGCUCUUUCGUUUUGCAUUUUUGUAGUUUAAAGGAAAUAUUGCUAGCUAUUCUCCAUUAAACAGAGACUAUGUAACUUUUGGCAGCCACUGACAGUGUUGUGCACGUACACACACAAGAGCUCAAAGUUCAGUUCACAGAUUAAAAUGAACUAACUCACAUUUGUUUCAGCUCAAAGUUCCUAAAAAUGAACAAAUUUACAUCUAUGUCUCAAGGUUUGUUACAAUAAAAUAAUUUAUUGUGAUCAUCAUUCACUUGAAGAUAUCUCCUACUUGUUGUGUGAUGAUGAUGUUUGGACUUGUUUUCUCAUACCUGGCAAGCACAAUUUGCAUAUAAAUUUGAGUUUUUUCCCGUUGAAUGCCCAACUUACUGAGCAUUCAUUGAAAUCCUCGGGUAUCAUCAAACGAGCGUCGUUAAUUGUCAUGAGAGCAAACAAAGUUCACAUUUAAGUUCAUCAGUUUCAAAUAUGAGCAUGUUCAAUGAACAACAUUUUAGCAAGUUCAUGCACACCAUAUGUGAAAAUUGCGUGCUACUGAUAAGUGCAAUAACAGUAGUCCAAUAGACUCAAUACUGUCAGUUAUAAUAAUAAAAAUAAAUAAAUAAAAAAACAAUAAUAAUCAUAAUCAUAAUCAUAAUAAUAACAAUCAUAAUCAUAAUCAUAACAGUAUAAUAAUAAUGUCAGUCAAUAAUGUCUGUUUAAAGUUUGCUAACACUAGCUAAGUAAGGCUGUAGCAGUAAAACCCCAGCAUGUAUAACAGUUACAUAGUCUCACUUUAAAACCUUGGCAAGUCAUGUAUAUGAAACAUUUGUCAUAAAGGGAAUAUGCAAACUGUGAAGUAGUAUAGUUGUCAUUGCAUGCCAUAAAGUUGGAGUUAAAUUUUAGCCAAACAGAGUGUAUCAAAGGAGUACAGUUGAAGGGGUGUCAUCAUAGUUAUGAUUAAGCUGAUCGUAGGCUACAAAAAACCUUCUUUAUUGAUGAAAAUUUCAGUUUGACUGAGAUAUCCUACUUUCCUUUGACACUAAUGACUCCUCUACUCUUCUGCUCCGAGAUACUUUUCAGGAAGUCAGGUUUUAUGCUUCAUUUAUCAGGAUGAAUGCUUGAAGUUUAAUCAUUACAAACUGCACAUGCUCUCAUUUGUGGAACUCAGUGUCAUGUAACUACUCUUAGCACAGAAGACGGUGCCUUUUAUUAGGCACUAAAUAUUUUAUGCUCUUCCUCAGGUAACAGCCUUCUCUGGCUGUAGUGUGUUUUGAAGUGUCUGGUAAAUGUCUUUAUUGUGCUUUGCUAAAUCUGAAUGCAUGUAAACAGUUAGUCAUACUAUGGUGUAUCAUAUAUUGAGCCCAGUGACCUAAGUGAUAGUAGUCUGUUUAUUUUAAAUAUACUUGUUCUGCAAUGUGAAAGUCCAUAAAUGGAGUGAAUUUAGCAGCAUUUAAUCAUCAAAUUAAUGAUGGUGAUCGGUACUGUGUAUUUUGUUACCUUGUGUUUGUUACUGUGAAUAUUUUGUAACUGCAGUAACAUCUCAAAGUGCCAUUAAUAAUUACUGUCACCAACUUUAAGUGAUUUGUUGUUAUGCUAUACAUGUAUUAUUGUUCCAUUGUUACAUUUUGUACGAUUAUCGUGUUAUAUUAUCGUUAAUUUAACCAUUUAUGGGAUGAGUGCACCGCAAAUGCUACAAAACUAAAUUGUCCAUUAUGUAGCUGCAAAGGGCUUCAUAUCAAAGUGCAUCAUGUGAAAUCACAGAUGCAGCUAAUAUUGAUUGUCUUAUCAAACUCGGUUUAAGGCAGCAAGCAGAGGUGUUGACUCAAGUCACAUGACUUGGACUCGAGUCAGGCUCGAGUCACAAAUUUGAUGUCUUAAAAAAGAAUUGCAACUCAACUUGGACUCACAUACCAAUGACUUGUGACUUUACUUAGACUUUGAAUCUGAAACUGACUUGAAAAUACCUGAUGCCUUCUCCCAAGCUAGUAUCAAGAGAAAUUAAGAGACAUUUAUUUCAAUGUAAGUUAAAUAUAGCAAGACAGAUUAGAAACACACAUAGGUCAUACUGUUGUGGCGCUGGUUAAUAGUGCUAAAUGGCACUACUUUUUUUAAUGAUAAAAUCAGUGGCACUGUUUAACAAAUAAAUAGAAUUUGUAUUUUGUAGAUGUAAUAUUUUAUAUUAUGUUAAUAAAAUUAUUAAAUUUAGUGAAAAGGGCUUUUUAUUUUGUUCAGUUCAGGACCUGUGACUUAACUUUGAAACUGAGUUAAAAGAAUUGAGACUAACCUGUGACUUGCAAAACAAUGACUUAAUCCCACCAAUGGCCAGUGACCUUAAAAUAAAAAAAUGAAAGAAGAAUAUUGGUAACACUGUCCUGCUGUUUAAAUGAAGACUUUUGAAUCCGAGAUCCUUUCAAUCUAACGUGAAAGUGACCUCCUGUGGUUUCAAUGUUAAUUUUUUAAAAAUUGCAAUAAAAAAAAAAAAAACAACAAAAGACUGUGUUAUUGUGAAAUAACAAAAAGCGAACGUCCACGAUGUUAUGGUGCAAUGCUCUCAUUUUGCAAUAUUUAUUUCUGUUUAACCCGGUCUGUGUGGCUCACAGAUUGACCUGAGUGGUUUUUGUUUGUGCCUUUUGACAUAGUUUUAUCAUAACAGCGCUGCCUAUUUAUAGCAGUUCUCAGUCAGCAUCUGUGCCAGGCCAACCUCUGAGGCUAUUUCUGUCACAGACUGUCUUGCUUUAUGAUGAGACUGAGAGAUUAUAUAUCUCGGACUGAAUGUUUCUUUGCUUUUGGCUCUCAUGACCCAGCAUGUACUUUCUGCCUCAAGUUAACUGAACAUUGCACUAAUUUCAGCAAGAGUGUA